GAACACAAUCAAUACGCAUCCAUUGGGGGUGUUCAUGCAGUAACGCAAACCUAGCUAACUACGCCAUUUGCCACAAAGGGGAGAAAAGUAUACGGCCCAUCAUUUUUACAGUGGCGGGCGACAGUCUGUCUCAGAUUGCAGCAGCAUAAAUCUGUAUGGCGAGGUAGCUAGUUAGCAUUUGCUAAUGCUGGGCUCGGAAAAUAUUUGGUUAUUGACGUCGUUAGCUAACUGAUCUACAGAAGUAGGAUACUUGACAUAUUGAGGACAGUAUUACUGGUAACAUACCUUUAACGUUUCACUGAAAGUUUUUUGUAGCGUCUGACAAUUUUUCCAGAAAUGGAAAAUGAUUCGUAGGCCGUAGAAUCUGUUCCUUCAUCUUCGCAGCCUCGGCCUGUCGAAGCUGUGGCGCGGCGGGUUUCCACAAGAGCCACUCCGGGUCCGACGAAUUCAGAGCUUUUGUGUCGUUCCAAAUGACCGCACUACAUUUCUAAUAUUCUAUUCAGCCCAGAGGGGUAACUUCCUUAACACCCUGUCAAUGUGUGAUAGCUAGGCCAGGGCCAUUCUCCUCCCGUUUAAAAAGGCGAGAGUAUUUGGAAUAAAACGUUAGCUAGCUAACUGGCUAGCCUCAGAGAUCCUGCCCAGGCACGGGAACAUGAAUGAUCCAAGUUUUAAUUGGCAUGCUCACAACAUAUACCCGGAACCUGCAACGAAUAGCGUUUAUCUUUCGUCAAUGACUAUAACUAUGCAUUACAGUAAUACACUUGUGAAUUUUCACAAAUAAUGUUAUUUGAUUUUAAGUAAGGGUGUGUGGCUGCCUUGCUAUGCUAUCUAGAAGAUCAUGCUGCUAUAAAGGGAGGAUGUUUCAAAUAAUCACUUCUGACAAGACAAUCAUAUUGAAUUUGACAUACUCCACAUAAGUAGCUAGUUAAAUGAUACUAACAUUAAGUCAAUUAUGAUUAAAUAUAGGCUACUGUCAAAAUUAAUUCUGUACGAUAUGUCACUGAAUAUGGAACCUAUUUGAACGUUCUUGUUUCAGGGGGACAUAAAUUACCCACAACAACUGUUUUUCUCGGAAGAAUAUCGCAAGCCAUUCGUUAGUCAACGUUUCUGUAUUUAAAAAAAAAAUUGAUUUUAGACACGAAUCAAGAAACUUGAUAUAAGGAUUGAUGUAUGAGCUUUUUUUAGAAGAAUGUUAGUCAGUUAUAGUAGCAGCUCUGAAGAGGAGACAGAACAUUUACGAUUAGGAGGGAAUGUAACAAAAAGGAAGCAAAGUUGGCACAAAGAUGACAACUCAUUGAGGAAGAAGCACAAAUCAGAAGAGCACACCCUCAAUGCAAGGGAGGAAGAUGACUCCAAGUCGAGACUGCCUGUUCCUGGCAGUGUGCUGGACAUGUUCACGGGGGAAGAUGAGGACCCACUGACUGACGACAGCAUGCAACAUGGUGGACGAAUUCGCUCCUUCAAACACGAGAGGGGAAACUGGGCCACUUACGUGUACUUUCCAUACAUCCCAGAGGAAGGGUUCUUGGAGCUGCUUGAUGAGAUGACUGAAGUAGCAGCAUCCCAUAGCUUCUCCCUCACUCAUACAGAUGAGUUUCACCUCAGUUUAUCUAAGACAGUGGUUCUGAGGCAUCACUGGAUCCAGCCUUUCAUACAGUCCCUCAGAACAGGCUUGACACACAGCAGGAGGUUCAUUUGUUUGGCUGAGAAGCUGAAGGUCUACUCUAAUGAUGAGAAAACCAGGAUGUUCCUGGCUAUGGAAGUCUCCACAGGACAGGCUCAGCUACUAGAGCUUGUGAAAGCAGUGGACAGCACUAUGGAGGAGUUCAACCUUGACACUUUUUACAAGAAUCCUUCCUUCCAUAUAAGUCUGGCCUGGUGUGUUGGUGACUGCACUGAACACAUUCGCAAAAAGUGUCUGCAGGAGUUGCAGGGUCUGGUCGACUCCCAUGAGGAUGGACCCUUUCUCUUGAGGCUGGAUUGUCAAGAGCUGCGUUGUAAGGCUGGGAACAAGACCUUUUCCAUUCCACUACACUGACAAAACCAGUUGUCAUUCAGUCUAAUGUUGGAUACCUCAACAGUAAAAUGUAAAAAGUUUUUUUUUUUUAAACGAGUGAAAGGUUAUUUGAUUCAAUCUAGAAAACGGCAGUGAUGCGAUAUUGAUCAAGCAACUUCCUUUUGAUGGUUGCGCACAUCUUCGUACGUGAGUCUUGUUUUGCUAAAACAUGUGUUCAAGCAUUUCUGCUACAGUUCCUGUAUGACAAGACACUGAUCCUAGACCUGAGAUUAAGAGUAUUUCAAAUUCUUAUUGACCUAUGACAGUUGUCAGCUAAAGCUUUAAUCUGUUCCAUUAAUCUUCACAGCCCUUAAUCCAUUCUUUAAAAAGAGCUCGACUUGAUGUGAACUAGUAGGAUAGACCCGUUAAGCUUUUAUUUAAGAGAGGAUGGAAUAAUCCCAAAAUUAUAAUCCAGACGAUAAGAUGCAAUGACUAGAAUUGAUGAAUACAGAAACCCUGAUUAAGUGUUGCAUGUUGAUAUGAUAGAUGUGUUAAGACCGAGGGAAAGAGGUAGCGCUCUGCAGGCACGCUCUACAGCAGAUGUGAGAAGAGACUAGGGAAGAGGAACCUAUGAGUGUCACCCCUUCUUACUUUAAUAACAAAGAGCUCACACAGAAGGCUGGCUUAAUGCAAUGUUUAACAUUAUAUUUUACUUAAUCGUCACAACACACAGAUCAUGAGAUAGUUCCAGCAAUAUAUUGUUCAAGUCCAACCAUUGCCAUUGCGCUUAGUUACAAUCAAGGUGAUCAGAUCACAUCUUCCUGUCCUGUAAGCAAUCCAGCAUCGACAACAAGACCCUGAUUUUAUUAAUUCAUCACAGCUUACUGCUGCUAAUUCACCUAGUAAACUGUUACAACCUGGUAAUCUGAGUUAAUUGGGAAAGACCUUUACAAAUAUUAUAAAUUUACAUAGUGCAAAUGUCUGCUGAGGGGAUAAUUUAAAAUAGGAUAAAACAUUCAGUGCCGUCAUCAAUUCCUCCUCAGGCUCUGAGACCGUCAUGUGUCCAAAUGCCUAUCAGUUCUCUCUUUGUACUAUCCCCGUUCUUUAUCUUUGAAUUUGUCACUUAAGACAGCAAGACGAGGGGCAGUAGUUGGUUAAGGUUGCUCAAGGGCCAAAGAGCACAGUCUUGAUGUAGGUUACUGUGGUAAAGUUGCGCAACAUGGCCACAUGCUCAUUCCCCUCCAGUUCAAACAUAUGGACAGGCUGUGUCUGGUGGCCUAUCCAACGCUUGCACUGGGUGGCACUCAGCAGGUUGACCGUCCCAUCCCCAUCUCCGAGAAUCAGUGUGGGGUCUGUAUCAGGAAAGAUAGUGUAGAGAAAACCCUCUGCGGUUGGCACUCCGCUGCCAUAAAGACAGUGUAUGGCCACCCCAGGGGGCUCUAGUGCACUGACCAGUGGUUCAGUGUCUUGACGCAUCUCCCAGCCAUCUUCAAAGUCGAUAUCCUUGAAGAAGCGUUGGUAGUCCUUCACUGUGUAGUUGGUGGUGGGUGUUUGGAUUAGCACCUUGUCAGCAGGCCAGGAAUGUGCGUAUGGGAACAGCCAUGUGGUUGAGACCGCAGAGCGCUGCUGUGAGCGGAUCUCUAGUGAACUGAUGACUGGGAUACGGUUAUUAUCACCUGCAAGGAAAGAGACAUUAUAAUCCAAUGCAAUAGUGUAGAUAUAAAAUACAUGGUUGCUAAACAUUAAAUAGUAUGCAGCCCACGGUAACUUUACUAUUGUGGUUCUGACACCUAUGUAAUUCAUGCAGAAAAGCAUAUGCAAACGCUUACCAGAAGCCACAACUCUCAGGGUUUUAGCCACACCAGCCCAAGGUGCACCCAGGGACACAAAGGCCUUGAUGUAGCGAUCCUUCCAGGCCUGGGGCUGAUGGUUUAGGAAAUACAGGGUGUACAUGUUCCCCAUGCUGUGGGCUAUCAGGACAACCGGACCCCUAGCCUUCACGGCCAUCUCCUCAAUCAUAUGUUGCAGUCUCAAAAAGUAGGCUUUGUUCUCAUCUGUUAAAAAUGGGGGAAAACAUGCAUGAGACUGAUCAUUCCAAACUACUGCAAUUAAAUAUUGUUAUUAGAACAAAAAUAUAAAACGCAACGUGUAGGUUCCAUGUUUCAUGAGCUGAAAUAAAAGAACACAAAUGUUCCAUAUGCACAAAAAGCUUA